AUGGCUCCUCCAUUGACAUGCGUUUUGCUUGUGAAAACCGGACUCCAAGGUGUAUCAUUUACCAUAGAUGCACCAUUCCGAAUGGUAUAUUUACGUGGGAACGUUGAAUUUGGAGUGCUGUUGAAGACGCUAGGGAAGACUGGCAAUCAUCUAUUGUCAAUGGACUAUGAAGUCGAGUGUAAAGAUCCAAACAUGAAGCCACCAGCCAAAAGACUUGAAGCUCCUCCUGCAAAUGAAACGGAUGCACAUCUAUUGUUUCUAGUGAAUCAUGUCAGUUUCUACUAG